GGAGGAGCUUGGCCCGAGGUCUGUCAAUAUGGUGGUGCUCGGGAGCACGCAAGGCACCGAGUAUCAAGAAGAGCUGGCCCGGUUGGUAGGGCUGGAUCUGCUAGCCGAGGGCGCGGUCCUGGUAGCCGACAGACUUCUUGAGCCGAUGGCGCCAGAAUUCCUUUGGCUUCUCUUGAGUGGCGGACUCUUCGAGGAGACCGUGGUCGUUGCCACCGAAGAUGGGAAUUGGAGUCUGGUGGCAAGUCACUACCGGGGCGUCGCCGAGACGCAGAGGUUUGCAGCAGAGAGGUCCAGGUGGACGGGUGUCUCGUACCCUUGGCCCUCACGACCCCCGGAAGCGGUUUCGCAGCUCAGGCACUCCGCAGAUGAGGCGCGCCGGCGCACUGUCGCAUGGCGGUUCCGAAACCGACUGGUCGCAGGGCCGACUCCGGCAUCGAACGAAGAUCUCGAGGCUGCAAGGCGCGCGUAUGAGGCGGUGGGUCUCCGGCCGGCACAGCGGUUCGCCACAAGGCGCCCCUCUGGUUGGGAGAUCGACUUCGCCAGCAACGGCUUGAGGGAGUACAUCAUGGAACUGGAAUCCAGGUUCGCCAAAAGUCCGGCAGACAGCUCGGAUGUGGUUCGAGGUUUUGCGGCGGUUUGCGACAAGCCAGGUGAGAAGUUGCCAAUGCCCGUCAAACUGCUGCCGCCGCCCACUGCCGUGAUCGCAAACACUUUCUUCCGUGAUGCCAGCAAUGUGGCUGUGGGCAGGGAGAAAGACUGUGAAAAGGAGGAGGGAGCCGGCGAAAAGGUUCCUGAGGGCAAGGAUUCUAACAGUUCCGGUGCAGACGAGGAUGAGGAGGCACUGAGGGACCGGGCUUCGGGCUGA